ACUAUCCCGACCCGUUCGCGGAGCUGUUGGACGAUGGCGACCUCUGGAAGAUCAUGGACUUCAGUGAAGGCUUUCUGGACGAUGACUUGGCGCUAUUUCGUCCUCGCCUAACUAGCGUGGUCACCCCCAGCCUGAGCGCCACCACCCCGACCAGCGAGCUGUCCAGCCCCACGUGGAGCCAGGAGGAGCUGCAGCCCAGCGAGGGCUCUCCUGCUUCUAGCAAAGCCUCGUCCCAUAAAACUUAUCCUAAAAUAUUUCAAACAUUUAAGAAAGACUUGUCUGAAGUGACUGUAGAUAGAAGUAUGUACCCAAGUUUGUAUGAAAGAGUUCAGAUAUCAGUACAAACAGAAGAAAGUUGGCUUCAACACAUUUCUGCUAAGAAGCAACCACAAAAAGUACCAUCCCUUGAAACAAAGGUGGUACAACCAGAAACUCUGGCUUCUAAGUUAAGAGGAAAGUGGGUAAUUAAUCCUGAAGAGUGCAAACUAAGUAUUUUAUUUGAGACAGAGUUUAAUGAAGAAUUUGUAAAACUGUUUGAAUCUCAUCUAAGAACAUUACCCAGCAUUGGGCCACCGCCCAUUUUGUCAUAUAGAAAAGAACUUCCCUAUCCGGACAUUAACAUCAAGGAUGAAGAAGAGCUAGCACUCAAGUGUGAAUUUUGUGGAAGUGAUCUACAAUCAUUCCCUUCUGAGGCGGACAUUUGCUCUGGACAAAAAAAGCAUGCUUGCUGUUGUCUUCAGCUACAAAAUCUUCUUGAUUAUAUCAAUGAGGAAAGGCUAAACAUCAAAAGAACUAAAACGGACUUAAUAAGUAUUAAUCCUCAUGCAGCCCAUGGCAGUGAGGUUGAUAGACUCAAGGCAAAGGAAAAAGCCAUUCAGAGGAAACAAGAACGUCAGAUGGCCAGACAUUUUGCAAUGGUAUCAAAUGAACAGAGCACCCCGUCAUCUGAAGACGAUUCAAAGCACUUGAAGACAAUUUCUUACCAGCUUUCUGUGGAUAUACCAGAGAAGAAGAUCAUUGAAGACACAGAUGAUAUUCAGAUUAGUAACAUCUCCAUCUUUUGUUGUGAUUCCAGGAAAACAUGUGGAAAGGUCAUGAGGAACGAGCUCUUGGAGAAGUACUACAAGAAUGGAAGGAAGUUUCUCACCUCCUUUCCAGAUGGGACAACACAAAUAUUCUAUCCAUCUGGAAAUCUAGCCAUUAUCCAAGUGCCCAGCAAGACAGAUGGUUUCACUUGUAUUGUCCAAGAAGACACAUCCAGCAGCCCCGCUAUCCUGGCAGUGCUUGACUCCUCUGGGAGAAGCUCCUGCUACCAUCCGAAUGGGAAUGUCUGGGUAUACAUCAACAUCUUGGGAGGCCAAUACUUAGACCAAGCUGGCAACAGAAUACGAACUUGGAACUGGCCAAGUUCCAUGCCUGCCUCAUCCUUUGUUUCAUUUAAACCCGUCUUUCUGGCUUUGAACCGUUACAUUGGAAUUCGCAUCCUAGAACAAGACAAGGUCUCCAUUAAUUUUCUAGCAAUGGGCCAACAGGCAAGAAUCAGCGUUGGAACCAAAGUAAAGCUCCACAACCCAGAGGAGCUCCCAGCCCUGCGGUUCCUGAGUGGAGACGACCUUCUGCUGCUGGCCAGCUUAAUAAAGAUCAGGCGGCUGUUCCAUAAGCUGGAAGGAUGCAUGAAUUUCCCCUCAAGUCAGGCUUGGGAAAAAUUAAAGCAACCUUCCUACCUUUCUUCACUAUCUCUAAAACUACUUACCCUCUGUCAUAAUUCUGGCAUACAGAAAAAUAUAAUAGCAACAAUUACAAAUCUAAUAAAAGAAAAAGAUUAA